UAUGGACCAGUUAUUCUCGUCAGUUUCAUUCACCAUGGCGAUGCUCAGCGUAACAGUGCUCACCAUCUUGUGGCUUGGGCAGUCAGCCAGGGUGGUUUGGACUCAGGGCCCUCUUCCAGCCCCCUCGCUCUCUUUCUACCGCCCCCGUUUUGGCAGCAACAUCCAACUUUUCUCAGACGUGGAGCUGAUCUGCACGCUUCCGACAAACGUUAGAUUGCCAAUAACUGUCUCUUUUAGCUGGGACAACCAAUCCCUCUCUGCAAUACAUUCCCUCACUAUACAAAACAGAGAUGAUGUCAGGUUCACCACGAAAGCCAUUGCAGCCAAUGAGGGGAUCUACGUAUGCUGGUACAAUGCCAGCAAUACUGGAGACGUGUCGGGGAAAAGCAAUCCAGCCAACCUUACCAUCUCCUCUCUUCCAGGGCCAAUUUUGGUGGUGCCCGCCUUCAUACCCAUCGGAGGAAACUACACCAUCAGCUGCCAAACUACCACCCGCUUCCCCAACAGAACCCUGGCCCUUUACUACAGACAGCUGCCUGUUACUGUGGGAAACGAGAUCUUUAAGUUUAUGGGGUCAGCGGCCCUUCUUGACAGCCACGAUUCCAUCACACUGACCAGGUGGCUAGUGGACAGCACAGAAAAUUUCGAGGGUGUCUGCAGACUAGAGAUUGUGGACUUCAACCAGCAUAUUUACCUCUCUCCUCCUUCCAGUUCCCUCCCAGCUAUUGCAGAGGAGGCGCCUCUCCGUCUUGUGCCCCAGUAUCAGGGCUCCAAGUGCCUGGGACAACUGGAGGUGCAGGUCAGAGGCAGCUGGGGCCCUGUGUGCCAACAGAUAGAAAGCUGGAACCGGGCAAUGGGUAUCGUGGUUUGUCGAGAGCUGGGCUGUGGGACACUAUCUUCCGUCUCGACGAAGCAAGACUACAACCAUAAGGUUGACUUCUCCAUCGGUUCCAUAUUGUGCAGAGGAAGCGAGGGACGACUCAGGGAGUGUCAGAUUGAUGAGGUGCAGCCCCUUUGUAACUCAAGGAAGGGGGUGAAAAUGGUUUGCUCAGAUGCUCUGCCAACUACUAAGAUCUCAGUCACAGGCUACAGAGAGGUAUCGAGAGUCGACAUCAGUGAUGAGCACUCGUUGGAAUUGUCCUGCAUGUUCAAUGCCCCUUGGUUUGGUACGGAAAAGCUUUUCAUGGACUUGACGAGGGUCUCCAUAGAUUCGUACAUUAACACAAUCGACAACGUGCAAAUCGCCUCAGGAGAGGAGAUGAGGACCAUGCUUCAUGCGCCUGUCUUAUCAGGAGAGUAUGCCUGUAGAAUUAGAGGGUCUGAACAGACUGUGUCCUCAGUGAGGAUCUUCGUGAGCAAAUGGUACAAACCAAAUGUUGGACUCAUCAUCACGGCUCUCCUCACAACCGUAUCUGGAGCAGCCAUAUUAGUGUAUAUGUGUGUCUAUCGUGUCCAGAAGGGGGAGACAGCAAAUGCUGUCACUUCUCAAGGGGUGUCCACAGCUGACCCAGAGGCCUCACCAGGAAUGGAGAGAGUGUCUAGAAACAUGCAGGAAGCCCCGCCCGAAAAUCUCCAUACAAUCCCUAUGCAGUAAACUUUUUGUGUAUUUACAAUUAAAUAAAACGUAUGGGCCUGUCUGAAACGUCACCCUAAACCUUUUAUAUAAGGUAGUGUCCUACUUUCUACCAGUCAUGUGGCUCUGGUGAAGAAGUUGUGCACAGCCCACUGGGCACACACUGGUUGAAUCAAUGUUGUUUCCAUGUCAUUUCAGUGAAAUUAUGUUGAACCAACGCGGAAUAAACACUUAAUUUACGUCUGUGCCCAGUGGGGAGUAGGGUGACAUUUGUCAUUUGCCCUAUAGGUGUUUCCUCACAAAACUAAAACAAAAAAAUACCAUGAUUUUGGGGAUUUUCACUCAAAUUACUCCACGAACUUAUUAAUGUUCCAAAGUGGGUUCUCUGCUAGUUGUAACGUUAUGGCCCAUUUUAUACAGAGAAAUUGGCUUGGUAGGCAAUGUAGCCAAUCACAGCCCUCCUUGGACAUCCUGCAAAGCACCAACACAGAGGGCGACCAUUUUUUAUACAUUUUCACAUUCACUGUGUUGGUGAUGCUUACAAAUUGGAUCAUCACUUUAAAAGUAGCAGAGAUCCCACUCUUGAAUGUUGAUAUGUCUGUAGAGCAUAUUAUGUUCAACAAUAAAUAGAAUACUUAGCUCAAUCAAAAAUGUGAUCUUUUCAAUAUGCACAUUUACAUUUUUCAAUAUUUAUACAUUUAUGUGAGAAAUGUGUUAUUGAAAUCAAAAUACUACUCAUAUUACAGAGCAAGGGGAGAAGCUUCACACCAACAAUUGCUUUAUAGCACCUACAGAUGAAACAUGGAGUCUUAAAGGAGGCCUGGGUUAGGCCAAAGUGUCAUAGAAUAUUCUAACUUCAAUGAAUUAUUUCCCAAUGAUCUUUUGUGUCAAAUAUAUGUCAACAAUCUUUCCUUCAACAGGUCCUUCUAUGGAUUAAAUGUUGUGAAAAUCGUGGUCUUUUUUUGUUCUAGUAGCAUGAGGAACCACUACUACAGUAUGUCUGUGAUUAUGCUUCUGUAAUGCAAUCUAAUAAGACUGUCUUGAGGAGGACAGGAAGUCAUAAAUAGUUCAAUCAAACUCAAUUGUUGUGUAGGAAAUGAACGUGAGAUAAAACAGUGGGUCUUAACUUUGGAUGUUGCCUUUAAUUAUGUGUUUGAUGUGUCCCUUCAUAAGACAAUGACCGGUAACUAACUGGGUUUUUGAGAGCUUGUUGUAUUCGGCAAAUGAUCAGUACUUUAUUCAUACGAAUAAUCAGUUAUCAGUUUAAUGUGGUUGAAUACUCUGAAAUUCCAAAGUGCUCAACAUUGUAGUUUCAUUUGAUCAAAGGAUGUGCUAGAUGGUGCCAGAGAUGUAUGUGAAGCCCACACAAUUCAGAAAAAAGACAACAAAAAUUAAAAUAAAUGUAAGAGACAGCAGGCAGUGAUUAUAGAUCUCAGAUUCAUUUAAUUUGUUAUUUUUUUUAUGUUAAAAAGUCAAUUGACACAAAUUAUGUAGGUUGUUGAGAAAACUUUGACAAAUAAAUCUGGUCGCAACAUCGUUUCAUUCCAAUGGUCAUAAAAAGCUAAACCAAGCACAGAAGAAAACUAUUUACAGGAAACCUCUCUAAAAUGUAAACCUCUGACAACAAUGUAUUUCCUUUAGAGUUAUGCGAGUGAAGAUUGACUACAGGCUCUUCUGUAUGGCUACUUCAGUACACUAUGAAAGAGACAGGUCAUGUGUUCGUAACGAGGCCUAUUUCUGUUUACGAGAACACAUGACAUAAUCGCUUUCAUAUCAUUCAUAAAUCACCUUAAAGAAAUAUGAGGGUAUUCCCACAAGGGUGGGAGUGUUUUCUCCGUUCAGCUGCCAAAUCAGCAAGUGUCCAUAGUUGAUUGAUUAUGUCCAUGGCACUGCCGCCUACGAGUGUGACGCUAGAACAAUAUGCCCAACAACCACUGAUGCAUUUAGAUGCAACAUACAAGCUGACAAAGAUACAAGGAGGAUCCCGAGCAAGCUUUCUUUAUAGCUGGUUUAAACUUUUUCCUCAAGAGUUUACUCUUUUUUUUCUCUUUUUUUCUUCCUAUUCCUUAUUCGUCAGUGCAGAAAGAUAGGAAUGUAGG